AUGCAACAUACAAGACUGUUUAGAUGUACAAAUGAAAAGGGCUAUUUUUCUGUGUCUGAAAAAACUGUUGAUUUUUGUCAGGAGGAUCUUGAAAAUGAUGACGUUAUGAUUGUGGAUGAUGGCAAUUUUGUUUAUAUAUGGCUGGGAACUGGUAUAAACAUUUUGUUUAAUUUUUUUCUGAUUUUUUUCUGGUUUCUUGACCACAAUCCUAGUUUUUCUGGUCCGGGUUGUUUCUGAUUUUUAAAUCAUACGGGGUUUUUUUCUGUUCUGAUUUUCUUAUCCAACUUCAGAUUUCUGUAAACCAUAAUUCUGAUUUUUCUGGUCCGGCCAAUUCUGAUUUUUGCUCUGAUUUUUUCUGUUCUGAUUUUCUGAAAUUAAUUCUGGUUCCCCUGGUACCUAAUUCUGAUCCUAAUUCUGAUUUUUAUUCCCAACUUCUGAAAUUAAUUCUGAUUUUUUUCUAUUCUGAUUUUCUUGUCAAAAUUCUGAUAUCUGGUUUUUGAGCCAUAAUUCUGAUUUUUCUGGUCCUCCCAAUUCUGAUUUUUUGUUGUGAUUUUUCUAAAAUUAAUUCUGGUCCCUCUGAUACUUAAUUCUGAUUUAUAUUCUCAUCUUCUGAAAUUAUUUCUGAUUUUUUUCUGUUCUGGUUCUCUUGUCAAAAUUCUGAUAUUUAUUCUGAAUUCUGAUUUUUCCCCUUGUAUAAAUUUAAAAAA